AUGGCCACCCACAACUUCUACAGGCGAGUUGAACUGGCACCCGAGUUCGAGACUCUGCAAUUGCACGGGGGGCAGGAACCGGAUCCGACAACGAACGCGCGCGCUCCGCCGAUCUACGCGUCCACGAGCUUCGUCUUCAAGAACUCGCAGCACGGCGCAGACCUCUUCGGGGGGCGCACGGCCGGCGACUUCUAUUCGCGCAUCAGCAAUCCGACCGUGGAUGUGUUCGAGAAGCGCAUCACGGCGCUGGAGGGCGGCGUGGCAGCCGUCGCUACCGCUUCCGGUCACGCAGCACAGUUCAUGGCGGUGGCAGCGAUUGCGGACACCGGGGACAACAUCGUAUCGACGUCAUACCUCUACGGGGGGACGUACAACCAGUUCAAGGUGCUCUUCAAGAAGUUCGGCAUCGGCGUAAAGUUCGUGCCCGGCGACGGUGUAGAGGCCUUUGCGAGCGCCAUCGAUGAAAAGACGAAGGCCAUAUACGUGGAGAGCAUCGGCAAUCCGAGGCACAACGUUGUCGAUAUUCCAGCGAUUUCCAAGCUUGCUCAUGACAACGGGAUCCCCUUGAUCGUCGACAACACGUUUGGCAUGGGUGGGUAUCUCGUCAAGCCGAUAGACCUCGGCGCCGACAUCAUUGUACACAGCGCCACGAAAUGGAUUGGCGGGCACGGCACCACCAUUGCAGGCGUCAUCAUCGACUCAGGCAAGUUUGACUGGACGCGCUCGGGCAAGUUUCCGUCGUUCACCGAACCCGCGCCGGGCUACCAUGGUCGCAACUUCGCGGCUUUCGGCGAGCGCGCGUUCGCAGUCAAGGUCCGGAUGGAGAUCCUGCGCGAUCUCGGCGCGACGUUGAACCCGUUCGCGGCGUUCCUGCUCCUGCAAGGGCUUGAGACGCUCAGCCUGCGCGGGCAGCGACACAGUGAUAACGCGAUGGAACUCGCCCGCUGGCUCGAGAAGCAUCCGAAGGUCGCGUGGGUCAGCUACCUCGGGCUGGAGAGCCACGAGACGCACGCGCUGGCGAAGCAGCUACUCAGGGAGAACGCUUUCGGCGGCAUGCUCAACUUUGGCGUCAAAGGCGAUGCGACGUUGGGGAGCAGAGUCGUGGACAAUCUCAAGCUGGCGAGCAACCUUGCGAACGUAGGUGAUGCGAAGACCCUUGUGAUACACCCCGCGACGACCACACACGAGCAACUGACACCAGAGGAGCAACUGGCGUGCGGUGUUACGCCCGAACUCAUCCGCGUCUCGGUGGGCAUCGAGAACAUCAAGGAUAUCAUCGCCGACUUUGAGGAGGCGUUGAAGGUCCUGCCGUGA